GGACAAUGAAAGUUUGGCAUAAAAGGUCUCCUCCUCUCAGGGGGAAGGGUGCAGCUCUGCACUGUCCCACACUCCCCCCAGCGUCCCACAGUGGGAUGCAUCACUGUGUCAACUUGUCUGCUCGUUACAUUGUCAUGUGAGUGUAGCCUCGCUCCUGUUUCUGGGUCUUGGCACAGCAACACUUGCGCCUUGUUGUGCGCGUCCCCCUCCGCUCCGUGCCGCACUGGUUCCGUCUGGCCUGCCCUCAGCUGCUGCUGCUGCUGCGUGUCCUGGGAUGACCUGUUGAUGUCGGUAGAAUGGAGAAUGGCAGGGGGAGCGAUUUCCCCCAUCACCAACACAUUUAAAUCUGCAACAUUUUGGGCUUGACAGCCGGCGACGCAGCACCGCUUCCCCCGUCCGCUCCGCCAACCCUUUGGUGGUGUGCGUCGGCGCACCAUGGCCCAGACCCUCCAGAUGGCGAUCCCAAACUUUGGCAACAAUGUCUUAGAGUGUCUGAACGAGCAGCGGCUCCAGGGCCUCUACUGCGAUGUCUCCGUGGUGGUUAAGGGCCAUGCCUUCAAGGCCCAUCGAGCUGUGCUGGCUGCUAGCAGUUCUUAUUUCCGGGACCUUUUCAGCAACAGCAAUAGUGGAGGUGGUAGCAGCAACGAGACGAGCCCCACCGUAGUGGAGCUCCCGUCGGCCGUGCAGCCCCAGAGCUUCCAGCAGAUUUUGUCUUUCUGCUACACGGGCCGCCUCAGCAUGACGGUGGGCGAUCAGUUUCUUCUCAUGUAUACUGCCGGCUUCCUGCAGAUCCAACAGAUCAUGGAGAAGGGCACGGAGUUCUUCCUCAAGGUCUCCUCUCCCAGCUGCGACUCACAGGGCCUUAACGCCGAGGAGGCCCCGCCUUCGGAGCCCCAGAGCCCCGUAACGCAAACCAGUAACAGUGGAGGCCGACCUGCCUCAUGCCUGACGCCGCUCCCUCUGGUUUCACGGGUGAAGACAGAGCAGCCUUCCAGCCAGCCGGAAGCAGCCACUCCUUACUCAGUGGUCUGCACUCCUGUAGCCAAGCGUCUGUGGGAGGGUGGCAGCAGCCGAGAUGGAAGCGGGUCAGGCUCAGGGGGAGGAGGCGGGGCCAGGAAGGCAGCCCGUUAUUCCCAGGAGGCAGUGCGGGGCAGUGCCAUUCAGAGCCCUGGAGCGCUCGGACUGGCCAUGGGUAUGGGUGCCAACGCAACCAGCCUGGCGGGCAUGGUGGCCAGUGGCGGGCUGAGUGGCACCAACGGGAGCUCUGCCGCAGGGCUCGGCACGUCAGAGGGCGCCAGCCCCGGCACCCUGAGCACCUACGCCAGUGACUCACCGAUCAGCUACCAUGACGAUGAAGAAGAGGAGGAGGGGACGGAUGAAUGUGCUGAAGAGCAGUACAGGCAAAUCUGCAACAUGUAUACCAUGUACAGCAUGCUCAACAUGGGAGCCGCAGCAGCUGGUGAGCGUGUUGAGGCUCUACCAGACCACACAGAGACACGGGGUCGCAUGCGAGGCAGAGACCUCACAUGUCUCCCUGCAGAACUCAUCGCUCAGAUAGGCAACCGCUGUCAUCCCAAACUGUACGAGGAAGGAGACCCUGCUGAGAAACUAGAGUUAGUCUCAGGUACUUCUGUGUUUAUAUCGCGAGCCCAGCUAAUGAACUGUCAUGUGAGCGCGGGGACCAGACACAAGGUGCUGCUCAGGAGGCUGCUGGCUGCCUUCUUUGACAGGAAUACUCUGGCCAACAGCUGUGGAACAGGAAUCCGCUCGUCCACCAAUGACCCGAGCCGCAAGCCCCUGGACAACAGAGUUCUGCAUGCGGUCAAAUUUUACUGCCAGAACUUUGCCACCACCUUCAAAGAGAGCGAGAUGAACGCCAUCGCAGCCGACAUGUGCACCAACGCCAGACGCGUGGUCCGUAAGAGCUGGAUCCCCAAGCUGAAGCUGCUGAUGGCUGAGAGCGACGCCUACACUGCUUUCCUUCCUGACGGCGUCAAGAUUGAGGACGACACCCUGGGGGCGGAUCCAGCCUUUGACCCCGCCUCUCUGGAGGCCGCCGGCGGUGUUGGCAUGGAGUCAGGUGGCUCUUCAGGUGAAUCGCUACCAGGUGUGGGCGGUGACGGAGGACCGUUAUUUUGAACAUUGUGGCCGGGGAAGUUUGAAAUUUGGUGACACACACACACACACACACACACACACACACACACACACACACACACACACACACACACACACACACACACACACACACACACACACACACACACCAGUAUUCUCCAGUUCUGCUUGCCUCUACACUCUUUGGCCCACGCUGAUCUCUCACAUCUGACUAUCUAUACUACACUGCUAGGGUCAACAGUUGUUGUCACCCUGAUGUAACCAGGACAUGAAAACUUUAAUUUUUUGCUUUAUGACUGUACAAUGGAGCUAGUUGAGUAAAGGGAGAGAGUGAGAGGGAUUUUCUCCUAACUGCCCUCUGCCUCCCCUUGUCUUUUUAAUGUGUGUAAGUGUAUCCACUGUUGCAUAUUAAAUACAUUCCCUUAAAUGCAGGUGAUGGGGUGAGUUGCUAGUGUAGCCUGAGGAGGAAGGUGUGGCUUGAUAGACGGGCUAGGAGUUGAGGUGGGGAGUAUUCUGAAUUUAAGUGUCAGUGGCAUUUUUCUCUAUGCAACCCUAACAUCUCGUAGUCCAGCCUAGAAAAAGAACUCAAUUUAAAAUGGAUAUGGUCGUAAACAUUAACACUACCUGUUCUUCCUCCCCUAACAUCACCACCCUGCAAGUAUUCUUCACCACAUCGUCUUUCUCGAGACCAGAGAUUUGCACCUGAGUGUUUCACUGUGCAGUGUCUUAUAGAAAUUUAUCUCAUCUUUCUCUUUUUUCUAAAUUUUUAGCAUGUUUCUCCGUCUAUGAACUGAAAAAGUGAUCCAGAGAGAAGGGUAAAGCUUUUUACUGAGAUGAUUGUAAAGAAAAUUUAAAGGGCAACAGGUUAUCAAAGAUGGUCAUAUUUUUAGAAGAAAAACUAUAUUUAUACAAGUGUCCAUGCCUAGAACGGUGUGAGCAAAGAGAGUGAAAGGGAUUGUUUUAAAAUCUCGAUCUUCAUGUUUUAUUGAAAGAGGUCUUGUCAAAUAAGGAAAAGUGCUAUUUUUGCAUAAAAAGGAGUUUAAUAAAGCAGUCUUAUCACAAGACCCACAGCCAUUUAUUUUUAUCUUAAUUUGAAAGUGCAGAGUGAUGGAAUGAGCAGUUGAACUGCUAAAUUUGAAGCAUUUCAUCUUCUGUUCACUAGCACAGAAGGAAUAAAAAGACUGAUUCAGCUGGCUUGACUGUUGACUAUGAGAACCAUUUCUUGUUAGGUUGUGAACCUGCAAUGUUUGCCUCCUACGAUAAAACAUUGGCCCACGAUUUCAAAGAUUACUGGUAGAAAUAUAAAGGAUUUAUUGAUCUGACAACUUGAAUAGUUUAUUCUUUGUACUGAAAUUAUUGAAUAAAUACAAUCUGCUGACAUGCAAAAGUCACAGGAAAUAAUUAUAUUUGAAUAUAUUUAAAUGUGCCUGGUGGGUGCAGUGAUGUCACGAGGAGGCAAUGUUGCUUGAAGCAAAUAGAUGUUAUGGUACUAUCCAUGUGUGUCGAAGCAGUUGUUUGGUAAAGAAGGAGAGCCUUUCUGUGCGGCUGUGUCUCUUUAGUAUGUAGUUUAUUCAUGUAUCUAAAAAGGAAAUUCAAAAUGGCUUACAGUUUUAUUUUAAGAGUUUGACAUGAUUUCGCACCUUCUGUGGGAUUGGAGGUUCCUGCACCUUAAUGAGAAGAACCACUGGUUCACGCACCUUUUGAGAAAUGUUGUGUAGCAAUUGAACCCCUGUAGGUGAAUUUGUCUUCUUUCUUUUUUUUUUCAUGUCUGCAUGUGUUUCUUGUUUAGAAGUGGCACAAAUUCCUACUGUAAAUAAUCAAGAUGACUGUUGCGUUAAAUCCCAAGUGUUCUUCCUUUCUGUUGCUGGAUACAUAUGAUUAUGAAAUGUCAACAACGGACCUAUUUUUAUGUGAAAGUUAGUGUUCGCUGGAAGCUUCUUGAAUGACCUGUAAGAGUUUAGCAGAAGGGAUUCAUCAUUCCUGGUGCAGAUGGAUUGAAGGGGAAAUGGUCUGGGUGUGAUUUAGGAACGUGGAAUGCUCUCACAGACGACUGAUUACCUUCUGCUUCUGGAGGGGCAUUUCUAACGAGGUUCGAUUUUCUGAAGACAGGUACAGGGUGAAAUCCGAGAAGAAAUUGAUGUGUCUUAUUUGGGGCAGUUGAGUCAAUCUUAUUGAAGAAAUAACGUGACAGAUGAAGCUCAGCCUAUUUUCAUUAUUGAUUCAAAUCAUGAUGAGUUUACUGAACUGGUUUGACCUGAUGAUAUAUGGACAGAACAAAAAUGCAGUACCUUGUAAGUAUUCUCUAAAGGGUAAUGACAACAAAACCUCAGCACGCUCUACAUUUGACUGUUGCUGCCACAUGAGCACCCCUCCCCCACAUACCUCCCCCGCAUACCUCCCCAGUGUCUGUGAAGACUGCUGUGCUUCCUGUCCUUCAUGCAGCUGGUGUCAUGUUUCACUUCCACAAGUUUAUUCAUCUGUGUCAGAGAGAGGCAAAGCAGUGGUUUUAGGUGGUUCAAUACAAAUUCAUAGUAUGCACAUUUAAUUGGCUCAGUGACUUUUAACUUGGCCAAGUUUACAGUUGAGAUCAGAUUAAACGUUGUUGUUCUCGCCCAAUAUUUUCAUAAAUUACGCCUUAAGUUAGUGCAUCAAAAUGAAUCCAGUAUAAGACAUUCAGAUGAAUUAAAUUCUAUCUUCUUCAUAUCUUGUUUAGCAUGAUGGCUACUAAAUCUGGCAAUGUUCCUGCCUAAAAAUACCAGGUAUGACAAUAGUCAAAUCACUGUUCAAAAGUCUGGAUUUAGUUCCAUUAUUACAGGGCAGUUAUUGAUUGUGUCCUUUACAGAGGUAUUAGGGAAAUCAGAGUACAAUACCAUUGAUACCCUUCAGAAAAUGUAAACAAUAAAGAAGCUUUUAAAGCGAGGAGCAACUUAGCUUCUUACGGUGACCUACUGAAUGAAAUGACACUGACUGAAAUAUCAUCAGUGAAUCAGAGUUCAUUUUAAUGCCAUGUUAGUCUGCUGUCAAAACACAGCCGCCCGGCCCAAAUAUAUAAUGUCCUUAGCAUUGACCCCAGUUAUAAUAUUGAGCCUAUAGUAGAAUAACUAUGGUUAUGGUACCUCUCAAUGUUAUGUUCUCUGUUGUCCAAAAGUAACCUCACUCACAACCUUUUUGCAAACUGCUUCAUCUGCAAUAAGUCUGUGAUCAGCUUGUGUUAUGCUUUGUGUGCGUUUGAGAAUAGAAUGACGUCAUGCUUCUUUUUUUUUCAGUACGUUUUAAACACAUUGCAAAUUCUGUACCUUCAACAUAUGUGUUUACAAAACAUGUAGACCUACACACUUGAAUAGAUAAGGUGUGGCACGGCAUGGGGAACCUUUUGUCACUAAACAGUACAUAUAUAAAUAUGAUUAUACACAUGUAUAGAUAAAUACUGUAUAUUAUAUAUAGACGCACACAUAGAGGUCAGAUUGUUUGUUGUGCACUCGCAGCAUGAGGUAUAUAUUUACCCAGAAACGACGCUUCUUCACAACCUGUGCAGUAAUUGGUCUGCCCAUGUCUUCGCCCCUGCUCCUUGCCCUCUGUAACCCUGUAGCGACAGUGGACAUCCUGUACUGCUCAUCCUAUUUCUAUCUGUGUUCCAAGUGCCAAUAACUUUGUGAAAGCCCUGUAACUGUGACCCAACAUUAUCAAAGGUAAUUGCACAUUAACAACUGUAAAAUAAAUAAAUACAAAUCAUAGAGAAAAUGUCAAAAAUGGAUUAAAUAAUGAAUAUCUUAAUAAAAGAUU